UUUGUGUUCAGUGUCUCAGGUCACGGUUUGGCUGUUUGAGGGUUAAUUCUCACCUUUAAAGACGGAACUUCAACCAGGAAGCAUUUUCGAUGGGUCUCCUAUCAAUCCUCCGCAAGCUGCGAGCCGCCCCUGAGCGCGAACUGCGCCUCCUCCUCCUCGGCUUAGACAACGCCGGCAAAACCACUAUCCUUAAAACCCUAGCAUCCGAGGAUAUCAACCACGUGACCCCCACAGCAGGAUUCAACAUCAAGUCUGUCAUCUCCGACGGCUUCAAACUGAACGUGUGGGACAUCGGCGGGCAGCGCAAGAUUCGCCCCUACUGGAAAAACUAUUUCGAAAACACCGACAUCUUGAUUUACGUCGUAGACUCUUCCGACAAGAAGCGCCUCGAGGAGACCGGAAUCGAGCUGUACGAGCUGUUAACCGACGACAAACUCCAAGACGUCCCUCUUCUAGUGUACGCCAACAAACAAGAUCUUCCCGAGUCUCUCACGGCGGCGGAUUUGGCCCAAGCCUUGGGGCUUCCUUCCAUCAAGGACCGGCCCUGGCAGAUCCAGGCUUGCACCGCGGUCCAGGGGGAGGGCGUGCGUGAUGGGAUGGAGUGGGUGUGCAAGAGCAUCAAGAAAAAGUAAUUUUAUCCGGGAGCAACUAAUCCGUCCAUUGUUUACUAUAAUAUUACACCUACGGUAGUUUACAGCCUAUUGUCAUUAAAACAUCUCGGAGAGCGAUUGUGAUGCUAACGACUUUUCAAAUUAAGCUUUGUAUGAGAUGUGUGACAUUUUGCCACUCAUAUUAAAAUAUUUCGUAGAAAAAAUCGUGGUAUUUAUUGUCGGACCGGUUCACUUGAGUCUCUUCCAGAAUUCAAGACUCAAGGUCUUUGAAAUUGAAGGUUCAUUGGCCUGGGUUUAUACUUUUUAGUUACACUAUAAUCACACAUUACAAGAUGCGUGGGUAACGGACCAUGCUCUGUUCGAAUUGGCGACGUGAAGAGGACACAAUGAGUUUUCGCAACAAAAUGGGAUGGGGAUAUUCAUUUGCAGACAUUAACUGUGAUUAGUGAUUAAUGCUAAGAUUGGAGGACUGCGUAUCAGCUAACGAGAUUAUAAUGAAUGUGUAGGUGACGGUUUCUAUUUUCAUGCCAAAAAUCCUUGAAUGUGUCACGAUGGAUAACUUCCCAUAAAUUUGUCUAUUGUCAGUUUACUUGUCACUAGAGCUUGGAAAAAUAUGCACGAAAAAAUUAAAAAAUAUACAGGUAAACUUUCGGAAAAAAUCCUCAACAUAUGCCAUUAUUUAUGCCCUUUUGCCUCUAAAAGUACGUAGGAAAAAAUCGCAACAUAUUGAUAACUUUUUUAUAAAGGACAUGUGCCCUUGUUGUAGUUUUGUACUUACUCCUUUAUCAAAUGAUACACGUCUGAUGUAUAAAUACUCGAAAUAAAA